AUGCGGAAGGGCCCUUCAGUGUCACGGGAGCAGGCAGAGAUGGGAAGGCACAGCUCGGGGGGCGGCCUGCGUCACCACUGUCAGAGGGCGGGCCUCAGGGUGCCGGCAGGGGUCAGGGAAGGACUCGGGGAGCAGGCGACUCCAGAGUGGGGUCUUGGCAGGCGAGCAGGGUUACCUGGCAGAGAAGGCACGGGAGGCAUCCCUGGCAGGGGGCCCGACACCCGCCUCGGCAUGCAAGGAACGGCAGGACUCUCCUACCGGCCAGGGCUGCUGCGAAAGGGGAAAUCCAACCAGAGUGAAUGUGGCGCGCGGACAGCCCGCUGCCAUCAGCAUCGGAAGCGUGCCCCGCCGUCACGGGACUCGGAGCCGCGGCCGGCCCGCGAGCCGGAGCUGGGCAUCCCCUGCCUGCGCCCGGCUCGGCGCGCGCGGGGGCGGCGGACUGCGGCGAGCGCCAGAGGGGAACGGCCGGGGGACGCGUCCCUCCGGUCGGCGUGA